AUGACAAGACAUCCUUACCAGUUACUGGGUGUACGUUCCUUGAACAGUGGAAGACGACGAGUUUUGAAGGAGGUUUUACUACCGAUCCUUGUCGGGAUUUCCAUAGGAUAUGUGCUAGGCCUCAUAAUUAGUUUCGAAGAAACUGAUUCGAUUGAACAUCUUGUACAAAUUGAACAUGAUGUCCCUGAAACAACGUUAUUCUUCCUUCGAUGUGUGAUCUUAGUUCAUCCCGAGGCUAAGAGACCUCUCAACUUUAUGACAGCAAUAAGAGACACCUAUGGAUCAAUAUGUAAUCAAACUAUUUACUACACUAAUUCGAAAGAGAUGAAGAAGAAAGCAGGAGAUCAGUACGUCGUCGUUGUUGAUUCCAACUCUAAUGGAUUCUAUUGGAAUUAUUUCAAAACAGUUGUUGAAAUGUCAUCGGAGGUGCCAGCCCAGUGGACCUACGUUGGCGAUGAACAGGGCUCGUUAUCAGUGGAGAAUUUGCGAAGACUCGUUCGAACUGUAAAUCAUCGGAAGCCGAUCAUAUUUGGCAGGAUAUUUGUGCAAAAGUCAUUUCUUUAUUACAUCUUCCCAUUUCUUCAUCCGGAACGAAUAUCACUUCAGAGUGGAAUCGUACUUUCCACCUCGGCAAUCAAAAAUCUUUCUCAAUGUAAAGGAUAUUUUCUUCCACGGGCCACCGAAUCCACGUUAUUCGCUUGUGCUAAAGAAACUGGAAUCCAAACAAUUGAUCCAGUGGAUGAAGAUGGUAUGCAUCUUUUCCAUGAAAAAGAUAUGAAGACACUGAUUCCCGAGGCAUAUGGACCAAGUCAUCAACACGGUGAUGUUAAAUCCGCCGCCGGAUGUUGUUCCGAUCAUGCGAUUUCGUUCGGUCAAAUGAGUUUUAAGGAUAUAAGACUAGCUGAUUUUGCCUCAUUACAUUGGAGAGUGUUUGGAAUGGGAGGUUUCGAGGAGGUGAACGCCAGCUACGCUAUCGAUCCGAACGUUUUUCUGCCUAAAACGACAGCAACGUUGGCGCCGAAGAAUAUCAGUAAAGCACUGCCAAAAUCGAUAAAACAACAAACCAGGAGUGUUCCUAAACCUCCUAGUGAGCAGAAAAAAACUGUGGUUGCGGAGAAAAAGGAAAAAUUAUCGGCAAACUAG